UCCCACCUGAAAUUUCAUCGAAUUGGCAAAUUUGAUGCGCAUCCCAGACACCAGAGGAGCGCUCGUCGCGCCAGUCAAAAGCACACGUCAGUCAGCGAUGGUAGUUUUUUCAAUGGAGACGGGCAGAAAGUAGUGUAUUUUAUAUUCUAAAUGCUAGUUUUAAUUGGGAAUUCAGGUGUUGCUGUUUGCCCAAACCACUGCUGGAGCGCAUAGUGUAAUGAAAUAGUGAAGAAUGCGAAUACACAACGCGAGGGAGCGAACAAUGGCGGGACUCCUGCUUGUGUCUCUCGUGGCAAGUGCAGCUGUGGCAGAUUCGGCUGUGCCCACGGAGAACAUGUCCACCAAGGAGCGCAACGAGCUCAAGGAGGAAGCCAGGGAGAUGUUCUAUCACGGCUACAAUGCGUACAUGGAGAACGCCUUUCCCGCUGACGAGCUGAUGCCCCUGAGCUGUGCCGGACGCUACCGAGGAAUUACCCCAUCGCGCGGCGACAUGGACGAUGUGCUGGGAAACUUCUCCAUGACUCUCGUGGACACGCUGGACACACUGGUGAUCCUGGGAGACUUGGAGGAGUUCGAGCACGCUGUGAAGCUGGUGAUUCAGAAUGUCUCUUUCGAUCACAACAUCAUUGUAUCAGUUUUUGAGACCAACAUCCGCAUGAUUGGUGGUCUCCUCUCUGCGCACAUCCUGGCCGAGUACAUCCAGAAGGAGGCCAACCUGAUGAUGUGGUAUCGCGGGGAGUUGCUAGAAAUGGCCAAAGACCUCGGCUAUCGACUCUUGCCGGCCUUCAACACCUCCACGGGCAUUCCGCACGCCCGCGUGAACCUGCGCGACGGCAUGAAGAGCGACGAGCUGCGACAUUCACGCGAGACGUGCACCGCGUGCGCCGGCACGAUCCUGCUGGAGUUCGCGGCACUGUCGCGCCUCAGCGGCGAGCCGAUCUUCGAGGUGAAGGCGCACCGCGCCAUGGACGCCCUGUGGAAGAUCCGCCACAGGGGCUCAGAUCUCAUGGGAACCACCCUCAAUGUUCACUCGGGCGACUGGAUACGGCGCGACUCGGGCGUGGGCGCGGGAAUUGACUCCUACUACGAGUACUGCCUGAAGUCUUACGUCCUUCUGGGCGACGAGCGCUACUUGGCACGCUUCAAUCGUCACUACAACGCCGUGAUGAAGUACAUCAGCCAGGGUCCGAUGCUGCUGGACGUGCUGAUGCAUCGGCCGCACGCCAAAUCGCGCAACUUCAUGGAUGCGCUGCUGGCCUUCUGGCCGGGCCUCCAGGUGCUCACGGGUGACCUGAAGCCCGCCGUGCAGACGCACGAGAUGCUGUAUCAGGUGAUGCAGAUGCACACGUUCAUCCCCGAGGCCUUCACGUUUGACUUCCAGAUCCACUGGGGACAGCAUCCGUUGCGCCCCGAGUUCAUUGAGUCCACGUACUUCCUGUACAAGGCCACCGGCGACCACUACUAUCUGCAGGUGGGCAAGAAGGUGCUGCGCACGCUGCAGCAGCACGCCAAGGUGCCGUGCGGCUAUGCCGCCGUGAAUGACGUGCGCACGGGCAAGCACGAAGACAGAAUGGACUCGUUCGUGCUGUCGGAGACCUUCAAGUACCUCUACCUGCUCUUCGCCGACGAUUCGGAGCUCAUCCUGGAUCUGGAUGACUUCAUCUUCACCACAGAGGCGCAUUUGCUGCCACUCUCACUCGGUCAGUUCACUAAUGCGACGACGGACUUCAAGGAUGAGGAUGAAUACCACAUGCUGGACUUCAUGCGCUCCUGCCCGAGUCCGAACAAGCUUUUUCCCAACACCGUGCGCCGACCCAUUCGCGAUCUGGUCACGGGCAUCUGUCCACGAGUGUCCAGCAACAAGCGACUGCGCGCUCAGGACUUUCAGGUCAGCAAUGCUGAUCACCUGCGCACUGUUUACGACAUGGGCAUCACGAUGGUGUCUCUAGGCGAGGGCAAAGUGCAAUUGCUGCACAGUUUCUACAACGCCAAAUCGCCGGAAGACGCGGAGCGCGGCCUGGUGUUCAUGCAGGAGAUGGUGGAGUUGUCAAAGCAACAAGCCGCCAGUCCGACGAUGCAACUCCAGGCGGUGUUCUUCAAGAAGCCAGACGGAAGCUACGAAAUCCUCAAAGCGGGUCCUAGUCACUUCAGUCCAGAGCUCACAGAUGAUCAGUCCGUCCACCAGAAAGCCGUUCUCACCGAGCCACUUCGCCUCUGCGCUGCCUUGGAGAAUUCGAUCGAGAACAGGAUCGCCAUCGUGGAGAGGGGCGAUUGCACGUUCAUCGAGAAGGCGCGCGCAGCGCAGAAGGGCGGAGCCUUGGCGGUGAUCAUCAUUGACAACACUGCCAAUACAUCGAGUGAUAAUCAGCCGAUGUUCGCAAUGUCGGGCGAUGGGAAGGACGACGUCACGAUUCCCGUGGUGUUUCUCUUCUCCGCCGACGGUGCGAUCCUCAAGAAGGCCCUCCAGGAGAAUCCGGAACUAGAAAUUUUCAUAAUGCAAAUGAUGGCCUUAGGCAAGAGAUUGGCGAACGAACUUAAUGUACUGCGGAAUACGUUGAACUGAAGAUGCAAAGAGAGAGAGAGAGGUAACAAAAAGCGGAAAUUUUGUGAUAAAUGUGCAACAAAACACAAAAGGAAUACAAAGACGUGAAGGAAAAGAGAAAGAAAGUCAAGUGAUUAAAGAUGUUUUUUUCGUACGGCAAAAUAUCCUGCAAGAUUGUGUGUAAAUAGUUUGUAUAGAGAGAAAAAGAAAAGAAAUUGGGAGAGUUUAAAGGCAAAGAGAUCCAGGCGCGCAUGUUAUUGAAAUCCACUGAAAUACCUGUACAUUCAAUCUAUCCUCGUAAUUGUUUUUAAUUACCCAUAAAAGAAAAGAGAGUUUUACGAGUAAUAAUUCUUGUAAAUAAAAAAAAUAAGCGAACA